AUGUUUUCCGAAGAAGUUAAACAAUUAAUUAAUCGUACGAAAACUUCCAGCUCAAGGCUUGAUCAACUACGCUUAUUUCUGGACGACAAAGGAAUGAUACGCUGUGAAGGACGAAUUGAACAUUCUUCUGUUUCGUCUGAAGCUAAGAAACCUGUACUCCUUCCCGCAAAGCAUCACGUUACAGAUUUGAUCAUCCAAGAACAUCACGAUUCAACAAACCACACUGGUAUUAAAGGAACACUGAACCGUAUUCGAAAAAGAUAUUGGAUCCUACAUGGAAGGCAAGCAGCCAAGCGAGUUCUACGUAAAUAUGUGACUUGUAAAAGAUUAGAAGGGAAGCCGUACCCUACGCCCAAGACUCUACACCUACCAUCUUGGCGAACAAGUGAUGACCCUCCCUUUAGUUACACAGGAGUGGAUUUCGCUGGACCCCUCAACGUCAAAGAGAACUCAAAGUGUGGUAAACAAUCAACAAAAAAGUCAUACAUCGCUCUAUUUACUUGUGCGUCAACACGGGGAAUUCAUGUAGAACUGCUUCGGAGUUUAUCGGCAGAAGGAUUCUUACAAGCAUUUCGUAGAUUUUCAGGUCGCAGAGGACUUCCAAGAAUGAUAAUUUCAGAUAACGCAAAGACAUUUAAAUCCGCUAUCAAGGAACUGUCAAAAAAUUAAUCGUUCUCCCGAAGUGCAACAAUAUCUCGCAAACAAUGGCGUUUCUUGGAAAUUCAUUAUCGAAAAGGCCCCAUGGCACGGGGGUUUUUGGAAACGUUUGAUAAAGAGUGUUAAAAGAUGCCUAAAAAAGUCCAUUGAUCGAGCUACGUUAUCGUUUGAAGAGUUACGCACGAUCUUGAUCGAGAUUGAGUCAACGCUAAAUAAUCGUCCAAUUACGUACAUAUAUGAUGAUGAAGAAGGGAUAUCGUACCCCCUUACGCCAUCUUGUCUACUUUAUGGACGGAGAACGACGACUACGCCAGACGACAGCCAGUUCGAGAUAGUGAGCACAAACGAGUCUUUGACAAGACGAGCUCAACAUCACAAAACUCUACUAAAGCAAUUCACUAAACAAUGGAGACGAGAAUAUUUGCUAAGUAUUCGCGAAGCUGCGAGCUCGAGUAACAACGGUACAAGGGACGUAAUUGCCGAAGGAGACAUUGUAAUUUUGAAGAACGAGAGCACGAAACGGUUAUUUUGGAAAAUAGCGAAGGUCGAAAAGCUUAUUCGAAGUAUUGACGGUGUUGUAAGAUCAGAGAAGAUCCGAGUGUUGAACAGUGAGACUCGAAAGCCUAUCAUCAUGCGAAGACCUAUACAACAUUUAAUCCCAUUGGAAAUUCGCUCGAAAUUCGGUAACGAGAAUGAAGAAGAACAAGUUGAUGUGAAUGAAGAAUCAUCCGAAACACAAGAUCUCAGUACAGAACCAUUAGACAGUGAUGUUAAGACUGCUGUUGUAGAGAAGAAGAAUCGACCAAAAAGAAAGGCAGCUGUUCAAGGAGAACUUGUACGAAAACUGUCAAAACAAACGUAA